UCUCAUGGAGCCUCAGGUUUUCUCCCAGGUCAGACUUUCUUGCUGUCCUUCACCUAACUUGGCCAAGCAUCAUCUAUUUGCUCUCAUCACUGGCUCCAGGCGUUUGAAGAAGCUGCUGUGGACAUUUAUGGACACUCACCUGGCGGGUUUCAAACCAUAAAAAUGGAAACAGGCAGCAUCAACAAAGCCUCACAAAAUGGCCGCAGCGACAAGACUGGCCACUCAGAAGAAAAGCGGCCUGAGAAGGCGACAAUGCUUCAAAAAGAUAUUGGUCUGCUGAGUGGCAUUUCCAUGAUUGUGGGGACAAUGAUUGGCUCAGGGAUCUUCAUUUCUCCUAAAUCGGUGCUGCUGUACUCAGGAGAUGUGGGUCCCUGCCUCCUCAUCUGGACCGCCUGUGGAGUGUUGGCCACCCUAGGAGCCCUUUGCUACGCAGAACUUGGUACCAUGAUCACCAAAUCGGGGGCAGAGUACUCCUAUUUAAUGGAGGCCUUUGGCUCCCUCGUGGCCUACCUUUACUCUUGGACCACGGUUAUGGUGCUGAAGCCCUCUUCCUUCGCAAUCAUCACUCUUAGCUUUGCAGAAUAUACCUCUGCUCCGUUUUACCCUGACUGCACCCCUCCUCUUGUGGUUAUCAAGUGUUUGUCAGCAGUUGCUAUAGUCAUAAUCACUGGCGUCAACUGUCUGAGCGUCAAACUAGCAAGCUAUGUGCAGAACUUUUUUACAGCUGCCAAGCUCAUGAUCAUCAUCAUCAUUGUGGUGGCUGGGAUCGUCCUGAUGGCUCAAGGAAAAACGGAGAACUUGUCAAAUGCCUUUGAAGGCUCAGCCACGUCUUUCGGGGCAAUUGGACUUGCUUUUUAUAAUGGGCUUUGGGCUUAUGAUGGAUGGAAUCAACUGAAUUUCAUCACUGAGGAGCUGAAAAACCCAUACAGGAAUUUGCCUCUGGCCAUUAUCAUUGGGAUCCCUUUGGUUACUGUGUGCUAUGUUAUGGUCAACAUCGCUUACUUUACUGUGAUGACCCCCUCUGAAUUGCUGUCAUCUCCAGCUGUUGCUGUGACUUUUGGAGACAGGGUCCUUUACCCUAUGGCAUGGAUCGUUCCUCUGUUUGUUGCCUUCUCAACAUUUGGUUCUGCCAACGGAAGCUGCUUCACUGCUGGCAGACUGUCCUAUGUAGCCGGCAGGGAGGGUCACAUGGUGAAGAUCUUAUCCUAUAUUAGUUUGAAACGCUACACUCCUUUGCCUGCUCUCUUAUUCAACGGUAUUUUGGCAAUAUUCUACAUUAUCCCAGCGGACAUCAACACCCUCAUAAACUACUUCAGUUUUGCCCAGUGGGCCUUUUAUGGCCUGACAGCAAUGGCUCUGAUUGUCAUGCGUUUCACUCGGAAAGAGCUGGACAGGCCUGUGAAGGUGCCAAUCGUCAUAGCAGGCGUCGUAGCCCUGGUGUCCUGCUACCUCGUCUUGGCCCCCAUUAUCGAUAAGCCUGAGUGGGAGUACCUUUACUGCACCAUCUUCAUCUUUGGUGGACUCAUCCUUUACUUUCCAUUGGUCUACUGGAAAGCAAAAUGGGCACGCAAAAUCAUGAGGCCCAUCACUAUGCAUCUGCAGCUGCUAAUGGAGGUAGCUCCACCAGAGAAAAUCGAAUAAGAAGGGACAACCGGUUCCGCUGAGUCCUGGAGAUCGCCUGCUGCUUUUUGGAAACGGUCGGAAAGACGUUUUGGGGCUCAGAAAUAAUCACUGUCAAAAACCAGAACAUGCUACUUUUGAAAAGCUAUCCCUAUAUUAGGGAGAAUGAGUUAGGAUUGUUUUAAAAAUCAUGAUCAGGAUUGAAAAUUAUGUAUGGGUUUGUCUUACAAAUCGAUGCAUAGGGUUGAUUAAAACUAGGCGACUGGAGUAAAGCAUUGUAGUCCUGGGCCAUGGUUACCGUCAUGUCACGUGCAUGUUGUACCACACGGAACGGUGCAGGAGCACACUGCCUCUUCACCACAGCUUGUCACCACGGACUGGGGUCCUGCAACCUCACACCGAUGCAGAUAAACAUACGUUUCACCAGUUUCGGAAUGAAAAUUGGGUGCAUGGUUAUCCAUGGACAUGUUCCAUGCAGCCACAUCUCUCCGAAUGAUAGAUUACAGCAUAAUAUAUUGGAGUUAUUUUUUUCCUGCGUGUGUGGAAGUAAACACCUCUUGCAUUAAACACCCUAAUAUUUGCAACCUGAGUUCAAAAUCAGAAUAAAAAUAUCUGCUAAAUCCCUGUCCAUGCACGGAUCAUGUCAGUAAAGGGACACCAUGAAAAGUUAUUAAAAUGCAUUAAAGUACGAGGCGCAUGAGGGCUGUGCCAUUGAUCCUGCAGGAUGUGGUUAUUCUCUUUUUGGUGCAAAUGGAAUCAUUGGAGUCAAUCAUCUCCAGCUGUUUAUUAAAGGUUUCAAUCUUUUCUAACUAAAAUAUGCUGUGAUAAUGCUGCUAUAGCUGCAUCUCUUUUUUUUUACUGAAUUGAAAUUAAUAAAAUGUAUUGGCAGUUUAGCAAAGUAAGCUAUGAGAAUACAAUAUAUUUUAUAUAAUCUAGGUUUUGUGCUUUUUUUGUCCUAAUAUUUAAUAAAUUGAUUUUAAAGAUGCCUUUGUGUCUCCUCUAGGAAACAUUUUGUAAUUAGUAUUUUAGAAUAGAAUAGAACUACCUUUAUUGUCCCACAUUGGGGAAUUUUGGGUGUGACAGUGGCAAAACUUUGUGUAAUCUUGGAAAGCUAUUUUUCCCUUAGCAAAAUCAAUUGCAAUGAUAAUAAUAAACUUGUCUAAACAUCACUGUGGAUUUUCAAGCUAUGACUCUCAAUAUUUUGACACAUUCGUCCUAGCCAAGAGCAUUUUGUAAGGCAAGUCCACCAGAUGUCAGUGUAACACCACUUUAUUGCUCUGUACUGUGGUCUUCACUUUUUAGUAGUCAAUUUCUGUUUCAUGUAUAUCUGUAUAAAAUAAAGCGCAGAUGUAGUUGGUUGUU